ACUCAAUUGCCACCUAACAAGGAUCGAAUACCCAUUUUCAUUUUUCUCUUGGAAAUCUUUUUUCACAAAAACCCAAACUCUCUCUCUCUCUCAUGGCUUGUUCAUGUCUCUGUUCUCCAAAAUUCCUCGCCAUUCUCUUCCUUCUCACAGCCAUACCCAUCGGCAUAAUCAUAUCUCUCGAACGAACUCAACCCUCAACUCACGUUUACCACUAUCACAGCAAAGGCUUUUUCAGAGAAUGUGCAAAGUGGGAUUCCGAUAACCACCGUUUCAUAAACUCUUUCUUUGAAGGUGGUAUCGGUCAAAUUUCUGUGCCGGAGAAGGAAUCAGAAGCUGGAACAGUGUUUGAGGAAGCGACUGUUCUGAAAGAAACGGAGUUGGCCGGUAAUGCGUCGUUGGGGAUGACGAUUGACCGGAGUCGGAAUCGGAUUUUGGUUGUAAACGCUGAUGUUAGAGGAAAUCGUUACAGUGCGCUUGUUGCUUAUGAUCUUUCUACGUGGAAACGCCUCUUUCUUACUCAACUCUCGGGUCCUAGUGAUGAGAAAGCCUUAGCAGACGAUGUUGCAGUUGAUGCAGAAGGCAAUGCAUAUGUUACUGAUGUAAAAGCAAGUAAAAUAUGGAAAGUUGGGGUUGGUGGAAACCUUAUAUCAAUCAUUAGAAACCCACUAUUCACUCCAAAAGAGUGGCACAAAACAUUGGUUGGCCUUAAUGGAAUUGUUUACCACCCAGAUGGAUUCUUAAUAGUAAUUCACACUUUUAGUGGUAAUUUGUUCAAGAUUGAUUUAACAAAAGGAGAGGAAGUGAAGAUUAUAAAUGUUGUUGGAGGGCCACUUUAUUUUGGAGAUGGUUUAGAGUUAUUGUCUCCUAAUAAGGUGGUAGUUGCUGGAAAUCCUUCAGGGAGAUUAGUGGAGAGUUUAGAUGGAUGGAAUACAGCUUCUGUUGUUGCAAAAUUCUCAGGGCCUAAACAUCGUUUGGCUACAUCAGCUACUGUGAAGGAUGGGAAAGUGUACCUAAACCAUAUGGUUGGUAUUGGAUACCCUAAAAAGAAGCAUGCUAUUGUUGAGGCUGUGUUUUAAUUCAUAGCACUUUCCAUAAAUCUAAACAGAUUUGGUUGAAAUUUGGUGUUCCUUUGGUUUUUUAUGUUUGGUUUCGUAGCAUUUAUUGAUACUAUCUAGAAAGAUAAACUCUGGUGGAAAUUUGGUGUAACUGUAAGUUCAUAAAUGCUGUAGUCCUUGUUUUUGUCUCUGUCGGUAUAAUGCUCAAUGUCAAUGGUAGGAUAACAUGUUUUCUUUCAUCGUGAAAUAAUCUACUACCUCCCACUCCCUUCGA